UUUCUUGCGCCUUCCAACGAAACAGCACAAACAAACAAACCAACUCACUGCCCUCAAACACCCCUCCCCAGUCGCUUCCCCACUCGCUUCCUCACUCGCUUCCUCACACGCUCGCGACGAAGAUGACGGACCCACGCCGCUGUGUUGCUGUGGCUGACUAUGUGGCCAAGGAGGACGAUGAACUGACAUUCAACAAAGGCGACAUCAUCUUUGUUCCCAAGCGCACGAACGAAGAGAGGUGGCAGGGCGUAUGCAAUGGCAAAGUCGGCUGGUUUCCGCGUGUGUACGUGGAUGACAAGACUGUCGAAGUCAAGGCUGGAAAGACGACGCGCGUGAGGGCCAUUCGAGACUACGAAGCAGUAGCAGAGGAGGAGCUCAGCUUCCCCAAGGGCGCCGUCAUGUUCGUGGUUGCUCGAGAAAGCGAAAAGUACUGGCGCGGCGUCUACGAGGGGAAGAGCGGCCUUAUCUUGGCCGCAAACGUCGAAGACGCCAGUGAGAAGGAGCAGCCCAAAAGCUUUGAAGGGGCCAAGUGCCGUGCCAUCCGCUCCCACAUCCCCACAACCAACGACGAGCUUGCCUUCAAGGUUGGUGACACGGUGUUUGUGCCACACCCUGACAAGACGCUUGAGACAUGGAAGGGUGUAUGCAAGGGCGAAAUUGGCACGUUCCCUGCCAGCAAAGUUGCCGACACAAAGGAGCACACUGAGGAAGAGCUCGAGAAGUUGAUUGAGGAGAACUCGAAGUUGACGGAUGAAGAGGCAGCGGCAGAGGCGCUGGCAAAGCGGGAGGCCGCCAAGAAGCUUGCCCUCGAAAAGAAGACGGCGCUGACGAAGGUCGAUGACGCGGAGGUGGAGGCCGUUGCGCAGGAGAUGAAGAAACAGACAGUGACGAGUGAACCAUCAGCAGCAAAUGAAGAAGAGGAAAGGAAGGGGGCAAAGGAUGAAAGCACACAGCAAGGCGAUGAUGUACCUGCACCCACGCCUGCUGCGAUGGCGACGACCACAACAACCGCCACCAAUGAAGAAGAGAAGCCGAAGGAUGACGGUGAAGUGGCAGAGGAAGCAGCACCAGCACAGGACGCCGUAACCGAGCAAGCCGCUGACGAGUUUGCCGGUUUGUCGGAGAAAGAGCGCAAGGCGCUUGAGAAGAAGAAGGCGAAGGAGGAGAAGAAACGUGCAAAGGAGGAGGCGAAGAAGAAGAAGCAGGUGUGA